AUGUCCGACCUGAAAGAAAUGGACACACUUCCGCCGAGUCGAAAAGAUUCUAACGCAAGAAACGAAAAACAUGACGAACAAGCUCCAGAUACUGCGUUGAGUUGUUCUGCUGAGCACGAAGCCGUUCCUAAUGGGGGACUGAAAGCCUGGCUGCAAAUCCUUGGAAGUUUCUUUAUAUUCUUUAACACUUGGGGAAUCCUGAACACAUUCGGGGCUUAUCAGACGUACUAUGAGACAGGGCAAUUGUAUUCCGCAUCGUCGUCCAACAUCUCCUGGAUAGGCUCCGUCCAGUCCUCUUUGCUGUUGAUUCUUGGACUUGUGACCGGGCCGUUAUAUGAUGCUGGAUAUUUUUAUGCGCUUUUGUACAGCGGAUCAUUUAUGAUUCUUCUUGGACAAAUGAUGACCAGUAUUUGUCAUGAAUACUAUCAAGUGCUCCUAGCACAGGGCUUUUGCAUUGGCAUCGGAGUGGGACUUAUCUUCAUUCCCGGCGUUGCAAUCUUGUCUACAUACUUCACUUCGAAACUUGCUCUUGCAAAUGGCAUCGCGGCAGCUGGAAGUGGUCUAGGGGGGAUUUUGUAUCCAAUAAUCUUCCAUAGACUGGUCGAUCAAAUCGGAUUUAGCUGGACUGUACGCGCAAUUGGGCUCGUGAUAUUCGUGACUCUUCUCAUCCCGCUAGGGGCCUUGAGGGUUCGCGUCAUGCCUUCAACUAGCAAGAGGAAGCCGAUAGAUCUUCCUGCCUUCCAGGAGCCUGCCUAUACCGUCUUUGUCCUUGGAGGCUUGUUGAAUUUCAUUUCCUUGAACAUCCCUUUCUUCUAUAUCCAAUCUUAUGCCAUUGAUAGGGGAAUAUCAGCCGAGGGAAUGGGAUUCUAUCUUCUUUCGAUCAUUACCACCGGCUCAGUCUUCGGCCGGAUAUUCCCCAACUUCUUCGCCAACAAGAUUGGCCCCUUCAACAUCAUUUCCUUAUGUACCAUUAUCUGUGGUGCGUUGAUGUUUGCACUGGUGAACCUAUCCGGUCUGGCAGGUAUGGUGGUUGUUUCGUUGCUUUACGGAUUUUUCUCGGGCGCCUUUGUUUCUUUGCCGCCAACUUGUUUUGUGCAUCUUUCCCCAGAUAGGAGCUUGAUUGGGACCCGGAUGGGCAUGGGAUAUGCAGUCAUGACAAUAGGCAACUUGAUUGGCACGCCUGUAGCAGGCGCUAUUUUGCAAAAUGAAGGGUUCAACUCAAUGUGGAUAUUUGGAGGAGUUUUGUCGAUUGCGGGAGGAUUGACUAUGAUGGUCAGUCGGAAUAUUCAAGGGCAAUGGAAGCCCAUUGCGAGAGUCUGA